AUGACCCUCUCACGUCAGUCCAACGCAGCCUCCAACCCCGGCCUCGCGGCUGCUCUUCAGUCAGCACGCGCGUCGUAUUUAGAACGCAACCCCAAGUCACACGCCGCCUACAGCAAGGCCACAGAGUCGCUGCCAGGAGGUGGAACACGCACAACCCUGGUCGUCGACCCCUUCCCGCUCAUGAUAGAGAGUGGAAAGGGUUCAGAGAUCACUGACGUGGACGGACACACAUACAAGGACUUCCUCUCCGAUUACACGAGCGGGCUUUAUGGCAAGAGCAACCCCGUGCUGCUGGAGGCAAUCAGCAAAGCCCUCGCGCAAGGCCUGCAGUUCGGCGCUCACACGCCGCACGAAGCGCGCUUUGCGGCAGGCCUUGUGGCGCGCUUCCCAUCGAUGGAUCUCGUGCGCUUCGCCAACUCGGGAACCGAAGCCAACAUGCUCGCACUCACCACGGCUCUCAAGCACACAGGCCGCAGCAAGGUCGUCGUCUUUGACGGCGCGUACCACGGAUCGCUGUUGUGUCACUUUCAUACGGGCGACAAGGGGAUGCCGGAGGGUGUGGUGCGUGCACCCUUUGACUUUGUGAUCGCACCGUACAACGAUAUCGACGGGGUGAAGGCCCUCCUUGGACCCAUCAAGGCGGAUGUCGGAGCCAUCAUAGUCGAGCCGAUGCUUGGCGCGGGAGGAUGCGUUCCCGCUGAGCCCCAGUUCUUGCGUGACCUAAGAGACUAUUCGACUGAAAUUGGCUCCGUCCUUAUCUUCGAUGAAGUGCAGACGAGCAGGCUGUCUCCCGGCGGUCGGCAAGCACUGCUGGGGAUCACACCUGAUAUGACUACCGUGGGCAAAUUCUUCGGCGGUGGCUUCGCGUUUGGUGCAUUUGGCGGCAAACGCGAGAUCAUGGACAUGUUCGACAUCAGGAAGCCCGGCGCCAUCUCGCACGGCGGCACGUUCAACAACUCGCCUUUGACGAUGGUGGCCGGCGCAACAGCGCUCGAGCACCUCCUGACCCCCGAGGCGCUGGAGCGACUGAACAAUCUCGGCGACCACAUGCGUGACGCGCUGAAUGCUGCGUUCAAGACGACAAACGCGCCGUUCUUCGCCAAGGGCCUCGGAUCAAUCAACCAGCUCUACUGCACGCUUCCGGCGGAGGAUCGCGACGCAGCCAUGGAGGUCCUGUUCUUCAUGCUGCUGGAGAAGGGAUACUGGGUUUCGCAACGCGGUACGCUCGCGCUCAACUUUGAGAAUAGCGCCGAGGAGGUCGACGGGUUCGUGGCAGCGGCCGUCGAGGCAGCUGGGCGCGUCGCAGCAGCAGCCAAGUCCCAUUAA